GAGCAGGCGCUGAAGCUCAGGGACCCCCCAGCCUCACUCGCACACGGGGCCCCUCCCCGGCACGGCCAUGUUCGAGGACAAGAGGACCAAGGUGAGGAUGACCUUUCUGGUCAUUCUGCUGGGCAUCUCCUCCAUGUUUGUGGCCGUGGUGUCAGACCACUGGGCGGUGCUGAACGCACGGGUGGAGCACCUCAACGCCACCUGCGAGGCGGCUCACUUUGGCCUCUGGCGGCUUUGUAAGAAGAGCAUCUUCAUGAGGGUGGAGGACCCUGGAGGCAGCAGUUGUGGCCCCAUCAGCCUCCCCGGAGCCAAAAACUGUUCCUACUUCAAACAUUUCACUUCGGGAGAAGAGGCCGAGCUUUUUGAGGUUGAAACCCAGAAAGAGUACAACAUCUCAGCGGCGGCGAUCGCCGUCUUCAGCCUGGCCUUCAUGAUGCUGGGUACCCUUUGUCUGAUAGGGUCCUUCGGAAGAGGCAGGGACUACCUGCUGCGGCCGGCUGGCAUGUUCUUUGCUUUCGCAGGUCUGUGCAUAAUCAUCUCGGUGGAGGUGAUGCGACAGUCCGUGAAGCGCAUGAUCGACAGCGACGAGACCAUCUGGAUCCAAUACUACUACUCCUGGUCGUUUGCGUGCGCCUGCUCAGCCUUCGUCCUCCUCUUCCUCAGCGGCAUCGCCCUUCUUCUCAUCUCCAUGCCCCACAUGCCCCGCAAUUCCUGGGAGACCUGCAUGGACGCCGAGCCUGAGCCUCUGGAUUAGGAGACGAAGGUGCAGCUUCAGUAGGCACGUUUGGUUUAGGUCGUAAUUGUAACAGUUUGAUGACCCACGUCAUGUUUGUAACAAAUAAAGUGCACUACUACGGAACAAGCAACAUUGCUCGUCCCAGAUUAUAAUGGCUUUUGUUGUAACUGUUCUUUAAGGCUACUGUUUCUGCGCGAUUGCCACUACGGAAGAACACGUGGACUCCUGCGUAAAUUGUGAAUCACCUUUCCCACAGACACAUAAUAGUAAUAAAAAGGAAAUUAUGGAUGUGGUUAAUAUUGCAUGUGGCACGUCCUGCUGUCAUUCUUACACAUUACUCUAAGAGAAUAAUUGAUUUGUGGUCUGUCUGUCGCUAGCAUGGCCACAAUUAGCCUACGCGUAAAGCGAAAACUAGACAACAUAUAUACUACGCAAAAAUCACGAUUGGUGCUUUAAAUGACUGACACACAGCAAGCUAGCGCCCAUAGAGACGGACCUGCAGGAUGAGUAGCCUGUGGUCUGGGUUUACUGCUGUGUUCAGUGCAGGUGUCUUAUGCUCAAAUAUUCAGUGCGUCUUUUGUAGGUAUAGCUUAAAAAACAAAAGGUUCGGGAUCUUUAAAUGCAGUUCUAGCAAAUCUUUAAUCAUUUGAUCUUAUUUUAUUAUAAUUUUAAGAAAUAAAGAAACACCUUUUCCCUACUAAAGUAACUUGGCUUACUUAUAAACGGGUUCUGUGUUAUAGCCUACUGUAGAACGUUUUCCCAUUUUUCAGAGCAAAUACUUAUUACAGAUUAAAACUUGAAAAGCAUGUGUUUGUUUCAUUUAUAAAAUCAGGUUAAAUUCUACUUUUUCAGUAGCCUAGUUGUUUUUAAAUUAGUGGUGUCGAGAUGCCCGGUCCAUUUUGAGUCAUCGCGUAGAUUGUGAUUAAAUCCCGUGUUAACAAUGGAUUUUUCUUGCGAUAUUAAGCAAAUCAUUGGUUUUAGGCAUUUUCAGUGCUCACACAUGGCAUGGCGGUUUUCAGGGAGGAAACUAUUCACGAGGUAUUUUUUUAUAUAUAGCUAAGCAAACUAAGUGCAAAUACCGUUCGCUUUAAACAACCGAAUGCAAGAAUUGUGUGUUUUAUUACGGGUUUCAAGCAAAACGGCUUUUGUAUUUUUGAAAAGCAACGUUAUUCUGUAGUUUACUCUUUUGAUACAGUAACUUAGAAGCCAUUGCUUCCGUCAGGUCAGUUUUUUUUUCUCGUCCAGAUGUGUGUAAAAGAGAUAAGAGGUUGUUUACGAGGUACAUGUCACAUUGGGUUUCGCGGGGGAAAGGAAACUGGAAGAUACCGCCCUACAAAUGUGCCACUAAACUGUAUAUCAAACAUCACAACAAACUUCUUUAUAAACGUAAAAUUUAUGUAAGCAAAGUGUUGUCUUUUUAAUGAAGAUACA